AUGACAUCCGACCCACAAUCUGACGCGGAGAGGAUCCGCUUGAAGCGUUUAGCUAAACUCGGGGGACCGUCCGCGAGCUCUACCCCGGCCGCGUCCACCUCUACCUCCCCCGCUCCUUCGCAUGCGCCUGCGCCUUCGAACCCCCCUCCAAAGGCUACCCCGCCUACUCCUACUGUCCAGAAGAGGCGGGUGGAACCCGUUGUUGCCGCGCCGUCGCCUGUGCCGCAUAAGAAGAAAGCUCCCGCGGUCGCGACCCCAGUGCACCUCGAUCUACCCAGCUGGGAGGACGAGACCAUCUCUAAGGUGUUCAAUGUAACGCUGAAGAAAGAGGUUGCAGAGAAGAGCGGGUAUGAAAUGGUGUGGCUCAAGAGUCUCGCUGAGGAGCUGCAGGGCGAUGGCCUAUCUUUGGAGCUGAACUCUGAAGUGGCAGACCGUACAUUGAUUGCACGGCUAGAGUUGGACCCACAAGCCAUGUCGGAUGAUCUUGAGUUUCUCCCUGUGCUUGCUUCUCUCCCAUCACAACAGACCGUGCUAGAGUACCUGAUUGGAUGCUGGAAACGGUUGAAUGCAGCUAGAAAUGCCGUGCUUAAGAGGAAUUAUGUACCACUGCAGCAACAACAAGCACUCGACGUCCUCGACAAACUCCGCGACCUCAUCAUCAGCUAUACCGGCCUGAGUCUCCAAGAGCCCGAAAUGUUCCCUCAACCAAGCGUCCCGGGCAAAGAGCUUGGUGCAGCGGAACUUGUCCCGUCCUUUAUGUCGCUUUCAGCACUGUCGGGCCCGUAUCUCUCAGCAGGUUCCUCCGGUGCCCUUCUCGACUCCGCCGAAAUCGAGACGUUCCUUCAGGACAUUGUACGGCGAUUCGAGCCAGACAACGAGAUUGACUUGGUCCUUGGUCCCGUCGUCACUCGGAUAUGCUCUCACCAAUCUCUGGCUGUCGGCUUUGCUACUGGGGACGGGUGGCGUAGUGUGAUCAGCGGCUUGGAGGCGCUUGUGAGUGUCAAGCCAAUCGCUGCGAUGAUCACAAGGCUUCCAGAGUGGAACCCUGAAGCCACGUCUGCGCCCGAGUUUGAGACGAGGAGCUUGCUGGGCCCGCUCCUGAGGUUGGGUGUCUUCCACCGAGAUUGGCCGUCAAUCUCGGCCGCGUACUUCCUGAACCACGAGACGCGUCCCCAAGGAGAGAUCACCUCGGCUAUGGCUAGUUUACGGGGCACUCUCAAGACCUUGCAGAGCUCUCUCUUCCAAGUAUUCAACACGCUGGUGCGCGCAUCGGCGGACGCGCGAGAGGCGGUCCUGCAGUACUUCGCUCGUGCCAUCAACCUUAAUCGCAAGCGCGCUGGCAUGCAGGUGGACAUGCUGACGGUGUCGUCCGACUCCUUCAUCAUGAAUUUGCAGAUCAUCCUCUUCCAAUUCUGCGAGCCCUUCAUGGAUGCACAGUAUAGCAAGAUGGACAGGAUCGACCCUGCGUAUUACGCGCACUCCUCGCGGAUCGACCUAACGGAGGAAACGCGCGUGAAUGCAACGAAUGAUGAGGCUGAGGAAUGGCGCAAGCAGAACGAGGCGACAGCUGCGCCGCCCAACUUCAUCUCGGAUAUCUUCUAUCUGGCCCUGGCUGCAAACCAUAUCGGACAAAUGAAGCUCGUCAACAACAUCGAAGAGCUGCUCAGGCAGCAUGAUGACGUCCGAAGGCAUCUCGAGGUCCUCCAGAGCGAUCAGUCUUGGAGAGGGACUCCUUAUCAGGCUCGUACGGAGGCUGCUAUCAACGCCGGAAAGGCUGAGCAAGACAAGUUGUAUGCGGCCCAACUGGCGUACGAGACACAACUCGGCGAUCCCGAGCUUGUGUUUCGGUCUAUCAGCUUUUCAAACCUUGUAUCGACAUGGCUCCUGCGGCAGGUUGAUCCUCGACAGAAGCAUCCCAAUCCUACCAUCGACUUGCCGCUACCGAAGGAUGUCCCAAUGGCGUGGCGAGUGCUGCCUGAGUACCUCGUCGAGGAUGUCAUUGAGUACCAUCUCUACGUGAUUCGGCAAAGCCCAAAGAGCCUGGAGCUGUCAGGAAGAAACGAGAUGCUCCUCUGGUGUCUGACAUUCCUGACCUCGACAUGGUACAUCAAGAAUCCCUUCCUAAAGGCCAAGAUUGUCGAGGUCCUGUUCCUCGGGUGCUGGAAUUGGGGCGAGCAACGCAGUGUCCUCACCAGCCUCCUUAACACGCAUCCUGUCGCGCUCCAGCAUCUGAUGCCUGCUCUCAUGCACUUCUACAUCGAGGUCGAGCAGACUGGCGCCAGCUCCCAAUUCUACGAUAAAUUCAACUCCCGGAGAAACAUCGCUUACAUCUUCAAGACGAUCUGGAAUAACCAAGCGCAUCGUGACGCCUUGAAGAAUGAGUCGAUCCACAACCAGGAGAAGUUCGUCCGCUUCGUCAAUCUAAUGAUCAAUGACGUUACAUACCUCCUGGACGAGUCGCUCUCCGAGCUUGCCAAGAUUCAUGACAUCCAGAUGGAGAUGAAGGACCGGGAAGCCUUCGAGGCGAAACCUGCCCAGUACCGUCGCGAGCGCGAGGCUACCCUCCGCCAGCUCGAGCGGCACGCUAGUGGGUAUGUCCAACUCGGCAACUCGACCGUAGACCUCCUCAAGAUCUUCACGGGCGAGACGAAGGCGCCCUUCAUGGUUCCCGAGAUCGUCGACAGACUCGCGGCCAUGUUGGACUACAACCUCGAGACGCUCGUGGGGCCGCGCUCGCGGGAGCUGAUCGUGAAGAACCCGGAGAAGUACAAGUUCAACCCGAAAACGCUCCUCAGUGACAUUAUCCAGGUGUAUCUCAACUUGUCCGACCAAGGCGAUUUCGCGCGCGCGGUAGCGGCAGAUGGGCGGAGCUACCGGAAGGAGCUCUUUGAGCAGGCUGCGGAUGUCCUCAAGCGGACGUCGCUGAAGUCUCCGGAUGAGAUCGAGAAGUUGCGUUUGUUUGUCGUGAAGGUCGAAGAGACUAAGGCGACGUUGGAGGCGGAGGAGGACCUAGGGGAGAUCCCAGACGAGUUUCUCGAUCCCCUCAUGUACACUCUCAUGCGGGACCCUGUUACCCUACCAUCGUCCAGAGCUGUCGUCGACAGGUCCACUAUCAAGUCUCAUCUACUCUCUGACACCAAAGACCCCUUCAACCGUAUGCCGCUGACCCUGGACGACGUCAUCCCAAACGUCGAGCUCAAGCAGCGUAUAGACGCGUUCCUCGCCGAAAGACGUAACAAGGAUACCGCCCUCGACCACCCGCCAGAGGAGAUCGUUCACAUGGAUGUAUCACACGAGUAGAGAAUAUUACUGUGUAGCAUAGUGUAUUUCAGUGCAUUGUAGUACUGCUUCGAACCAUCAAUGGACAAUUCAUUGCAUUGCC